AUGAAUCCAUCGACUACAAUUAAAUUUCUUAAUAAUCGUUUUACACUUACUGGUUUUUCAAGAGCCGGUGAGGCUACUGGUUUAUUUAUUCCCGAAAUGGAUAUACUGUUAGAUGCUGGUAUUGUAGUAACUACGGCAAAACCUCGACGUCUCUUUAUAACACAUUCACAUAGUGAUCAUGCUUAUCAAAUUCCAUAUAUGUAUUCUGCGUCAUCCCCCACACCUCUUUCUAUUUAUGUACCAAACGAAUCUGUACCUUAUUUUAAUGCUUAUCUCACAAGUGCUCAAUUACUUAAUGAUCAUGGUGAUGAAAAAGCUAUUGCUACUUGUGCUCAACGUUAUAUAUUACAUGGUGUUACAGAGAAACAGAUUAUUGAUUUGGAUAAUUCUUAUCGUGUUGAAAUUAUCAAUUGCUGUCAUACAAUUCCUUGUGUUGGUUAUGCAUUUUAUGAAAAACGUAGUAAACUUAAAUCUGAUUAUACUCAAUUAUCUGGAAAAGAAAUUCAAGUUUUAAAAAAACAAGGUAUCGAUAUAACAGAACAAGUUUUUAUACCUCUAUUUGCUUUUCUUGGUGAUACAACACCAGAUGUAUUCUCUAUGAAUUCAAAUUCUGCUAGAGUAUUACUUGAACAAAUGCCUGUUAUUAUUUGUGAAUGUUCAUUUUUAUAUGGUGAACAAUCAAAUGAAAGAGGCCAUACACAUUGGAAUGGUCUUAAACCUAUUAUUGAAAGCCAUCCUCAUAUUACAUUCAUUCUCAUACAUUUCAGUUUAAAACAUAAACGAAAUGAGAUUGAAGCAUUUUUUGCUGAACAAUCAUUGAAAAAUGUAAUACCAUUCAUUUAA